AUGAAGGCAGGCUUCCUCGAGUCCUCUUCGUCUCGCCAGUCGCGACUCUCGGUCGCGAAGGCUCCUCCUCGUCUCAAAGAUGAUGGAAAGUUCUCCUUCGACCAUUUUUCCCUGGACCGCUUCCUGGGCCGCGGAAACUUCUGCGAAGUUUUCGAGGCGACGCUCGUCAGCGAUCCAGCGGGGCCGGCGUACGCGCUUAAGGUUUUCGACCGAAAACAAGUGAUGAGACUCCACAAGAUCCAGGACGUCCUCAUGGAGCGCCACUGCAUGCUGCGACUGAACGACCCCGGGCACCCUAACGUCAUAAAAAUGGUCGCAACCUUCAAAGACGAAUUUCGAGUCUGCAUCGUCUACGAACUCGCCGAAAACGGGGAACUCUGGGAGCAGCUCAUGCACGGCGGCGUUCUGACAGAAGACCUCGCUGCUCGAUACAUCCUUCAACUCUGCUCCGCGGUCGAGUAUAUCCACUCCAAAGGAAUUAUCCACCGAGACAUUAAGGCGGAGAACAUCGUCGUCAUGCGCGACGGAAACUUGAAGCUCAUCGACUUCGGAACUGCAGUAGACACGGAGCACCCUGAGGUCCAGGCGCCGGUCCUAGGCUCACCGUCCCCCCUUGCGGCCGCAGGAUGCGGCAGAAAAGUGCCUGCCCGCGUCUCGUUCGCGCACCACAUCGGCACCCCACAGUUCAUGCCUCCUGAGGCGAUUCAAAACAAAGACAUCGGGAAAAUGAGAGAUCUAUGGAGUCUCGGAUGCACCAUCUACCAGAUUCUUGCCGGCAACCCACCGUUCGACGCAUCCACGAAUUACUUCGUUUUUCUCAAGGUGCAGGCGCGCAACCUCCACUUCCCGCCGCACUUUCCGCCGGGUGCGCGGGCGCUGGUGGAGGAGCUGCUGGCGGCGGAUCCUGCUUGUCGCCUGGGUCGCGAAAAGGGGAUCGCCGAGGUGUUGAAUCACCCGUACCUUCAGUCUCUCCGGACCAAGUUCGCUCCUUCCCUGGCGAGGAGUCUCGCCCCCGUGCCUCUGCUCCAAGACCUCUGUUUCCGCGCUCUUCUGCAUGCGUUUUUUCUGAACGUGGUCAAGGCGGAAGAGCAGCAGGAGGAGCGCGAGCGCGAGCGCGUGAGAGAAGAAGCUGUCCACGCACAGCGCCUGCCCUCUGUCGAGGAAGAAGACGAAGACGGAGUUCUCCUGCCAGGGAAGGAAGGAAGCGCCGAGACUGACGCCGCAGCAGAGAAACGCGAGAAGAAGGAGCCAGGAGAGAGGCGAAGUGCAACGAAGCAGCGGUACACGCAGUUCAUCGACAAGCUUAUUCCAGAAGCACUCAAGAAAGAAGCACAAAGCUCCGACCAUCCUUUCGUCAGAGUGCUCUUGGACCGACUGCAAGACGCUGCGAAUGAGAAAGAGAAGACGCAAAACUGGCAAGACGCUCUCGCUGACCAGUGGCUGAAGGAAAGCGAAAGAAGACAAGUCAGCGCGGACGCGAGUGAACGAGAGGAAGACGCCGAGAAUGAAGAAAGAAGUGCAGGAGAGGGGGAGAAAGAAGAGAACUGA